GCAAAAGGACCGCUACACUUGGAUAUCUUUAACGCUUUGGACAAGGACGAAGCUACAGUUUCAAUAGAACGUCAUUCGAAAUUUAGCCGAAUUGACGAACGCUACCUAAGCGCAUGGGAUCAGAAGUUCAAUUUGUAUGCUGUGCAUGUCGAAGGGACAAAUUGGGUCGAAGUGAUUUCGGAGCAGCAGCUUUAUAUUCCCUUGUCUCAGGUCGAAGAGGAUGGAUGUAUUGACGGCUGGGACUUGGCGGCAGUGAACGGCCAUGUGUUCCUACUGACGCACACUCGAUUAUAUCACUUUGACACGAUCACUAUAAAAAUCGACGUUCUGGCCCUACCAGUGAAAGGUGUCACCAAGGGUCCACGCCACCGGAUGUUCACAACCACCUACCAUCUCGAGGCUAUAGACGGCAGGAGACGAACUGUAGAUAUUGUGGUUUAUUCUGUGCCGAACGGCGACCGCAUCUGUUUGCACAACGGGAACCUGGUGCGCUACCCAAGCGCAUAUACGUAUAGGACUGAACAACUUGACCGACCCUGUCUCCCCGAAGGGCCUUAUGCCUGUUUGCUCGACGCGAAUACGGAAAAAAUGUUCUUCCUUCUUCUAACAAACAACAUACAUCGAAGACAAUGUGUCUACUUGGAAUUGAGCCAGUACAGUCCGAGCAUGAAUUGUGAUAUGGUAUGUGACGCGCCCGUGUUCAUGGCAACAAUUGACUAUGAACGGUACUACACAUACCAUACGCCAGUCUUCUGGUAUUUUGACAACGACGCGAUCAAGCCACCUCGGCCGAAGGCCAACCUGCCGUUCCGUUUUAUUUCCAUCAGCCGCCACAAAUCCAUUUUAAGAUUUACAUGGAAGGGGGGGUUUUCCUUACCGCGCGGCACAUUUAACCCACAAGACCUUCCAGCAGAUUCAGCGCCGGAUUUCAAAGUCGUCAAGGUCGCCUGCAUCAUUACACCGCUCAUCAACCGAAUUAUCGUGGCAACUGAACACUUCCUGCUGAUGGAAACCCACAGUGGUCAUUUUGAAGUUCACGUCAUUGACAAGCUGAGCCGAUUCAACCAAGCAUCGUCUGAAGCGGCGGAAGACGUGAUUCCGGCGGACAACAUGCGUGGCCGAAAAAUCGUGGAUAUGACAGACGCAGUUCAUUGCCACGACAUUAUUGUGCUGCUGGAGUGCGGAUAUGUGGUCCAUUAUGAGUGGGGUCACCUGACGUUGACCCAAGUGGCCUACCGCCAGAGUCGCUGGAAAAGCCUAAAUGGGAUGUCCCUUGCGCGUUCAUUUCUGGGAAUGAGACAUUUCGGUAGCUCGCCGUCGACUAAGGUAUUUGGGUACGCGGAGCGGAUUCUGGAUGAUGGUAGAAAGAUCCUCGUGGCCGUGAUUGGCGCCGUGUUUCGCGAUGACGAGGUUUUGGUGGAACACUUGCAAGACCUGCGCGAAACAGCUUCACUCAGCAGGGACCUGUGGAAUAACGACGAUCGUUACCAGCACUUACUGCUCAGUCUCCAAAGUCCAAAGUCCCUGCGAGAUGUUUCUUUGAUCUUACCGAUGAUAUCACGAACUUAUCUACGAGCACCAUUGAUUACGUACAAAAUCGAAAAAAUUGUCGCGGAGCCGAUGGACGAGUUUGGAUUCUCUUUGCUCGCCGUCAUCGGCACCGGCCUCACGUUGAUCGUCUAUCAACCGGAGCUAGAGAAACUAACUGUUCUCAAUGAACAUUUCCCACGCUACCCAUGUGUUGAUGUCGCCUUUUCCAUGGUUAGGAAGGUGGAAGUGGAAGGAAAGACGUGCAUACGAGGAUUUAUCAUCUUGGCCACUGAAGCGGAUAUCGAACUUUUGGAUUUCCUCUUUAAGGGUGACCCAACUGUCAAGGAUUGGGCCACAAAACAGCCGGUUGGCACACCACAAGCACCUAUCCUGCGCAGGAUGGUGAUGAAUGUUGGGCCACGCAUUUGCAAAUUAUAUGUUCCCACCACCGUAGGCUUU